CCUCCACUAAGAUUCGCCCGCAUCUCCCCCCGAUUCCAUCCUCAAUUCCCGUUUCGAAAUCCGCCAAGAUCGGAGGGCUCACGCCGGAACCCCGCCGCGCUCGCUGUCCCGACCCCGUGCGGCCGGAUCUCCGGGCUCCAGGGUUAUUGAUGGUUCUUGGGAUCCGGAGGGCGAGGCGGCGAUGAGCAGGCUGGCGUCGGAGCUCCACCGGCUGCGGAGGUCGCCAUGGGAGGUGCUGUGGUCGGCGCUGGUAUCGUGCGGCCUGGUGCUCUUCUCGCAGCUCGCCGUGGCCAUAGUGCCCCGCCUCCUCCCCUCCAUCUCCCUCCUCGCCAUGCUCCCCGUCGCAGGUUUGGUAUUCCUUGCAACUAUUGUGGUGGGGAGGUUAUGGAGGAGGUUCAUCGGAGUGGGGGCGUCGGCGCCGCUGUUCGUGCUGUUCAACGUCCUCUUCUUGUGGGGUGUCUACAUAUUCGUCAUCCGGAGAGACACCUCUUCUCUACUAGACAUGCUCAUUAAUGCUGAGUGUGCACUUCUUCUGUGGGGACUGUACAGGAUUCUUUCUGGUGAUCCUGGCAUUGUUGCAUACGAAUCUUCAUUUUUGGAAGAAGCUGGCUGCAAGGAUUUCGUGGAUGCCAUAUGCUCGAGUGAGAAGCAUCCAUCGCUCUCAAGGGUGAGGCAAUGUAACUGUUGCAAAGCAAAUGUUAGAGGUUAUGACCAUCAUUGUCCUGCAUUUGGUAACUGCAUAGGACAGAAAAAUCAUAGGCUGUUUAUGGCACUUUUAACAGGAUUUGUUGUUGCUGAAUCAACAUAUACAAUGUGCUCAACUAAAUAUAUAUCUAGAUGCAUAAAUUCAGGAACUAUAAGAACUGAGAAUCCCUUAUCUCUAAACAUGGUGAUUGGCGCAAUGCUCUUCUCAGUCCUCCAAGUGCUAUGGCAGGUCGUGUUCCUGAUAUGGCAUGUAUAUGGCAUCUGCUUCAACAUCAAGACAGAUGAGUGGGUAAUGUCAAACUUCCCGUGCUUUGGACUCUUUCUUCACCAGUUGCAGGUGGCCUGCUCGUUUGCUGUUUCUUAUAGCUAAGAGAUUGUGGAGUCAAGUUUGUCAACCCAUACGACAAAGGCAUGCUUUGUAACAUUAGGGAGUUCCUGAAGCCGAAAUGAUAUAAGUUAUUAAAUCUCGGGUAGCGAGACCUGACUUAUGUGAAGGCAAAACACAAGAUAUUCUUAAACGGACCAAAGAUGGAAGAACACCACUCAAGAUUCCUGAAGAUAAAUUAUUCUCUUGCCUGUUACUGCAACACUGAUUCAUAUUCAUUGGUUUGUGCAUCGUUUGGACUUUCUGGCAGUCUGGUGGCUGCCAUAAUACACAGUCAACAUUCUUUGAAAACCACUUUUGAACGGGAAACUGCAUGCUGAUGAAUGCCAUGUCGCUGCAAGCACGCUACAUCUUGUAGCUCUAGAAAUUGAUUAUUUAUCAGUAUGGUAAUUCACGUUGUAUUCAUGCACGUGGUAUGCACUGGUACAUUUCCAUGUUCUGUUCGCCAGACCUGACCGGUUCAUUACGUUGUGUCGAUGAUACUGUAGUAACAAUUGUUUCAUAUGUCGAUGCCUGUUGCUGUCA